ACAUGAAUUCCAGAAUUCCAGUGGCAGUGGUAACUUUGUUUCUUCAUCACUGAAGUAAAGAAUCUGGGAUUUUUCUAUAGUUAGAAAUGAAAACGUAUGGUGAAGAUAAAAGUUAUUCUGUCGUUUUUAUAGAAUUUUAAAAUUAAAAUUUAUUACAAUGGCUGGCAAAUUAGGGCUCAGCAAUGAAAUAAAAGAAAUGAAGUUAGGGAAAAGUUUUGGAAAGAACGAUCAGCAAAGUUUUCAUACUUUUAGAUAUGAUUUUAUGCCAGCUUCGACGGAUACAACAAAAAGGGCCACUGUAGAUAUAGGAGAAGGCCAUCAAGUAACUGUAACUGUGCCUCAUAUUGAAGGUUCAGGAACUGCUCAUACUGUAUUUAAAGGAUCGAAAAAGCCAUAUCAAAAAGAAUGUGUUCUUAUCGUCGAUCAUAUUACUGGUGAAAUUACAUUAGAAAAAUUGGCUUACAAUGUUCAGUUGAAAGAUACCAGAGGGGCCUUUAAAUCAGAAGGCAGAAGAUCCAAUACUCCUGUUGAGAAUGGCUUCAGUGGGAAGAAAUCACCUAUGUCUUUCAACAACAAGCUGUCACCUCAGCAGAAGCCACACUCCACGUCGUUUGAACGUUCCUCACCAGUCCAGAAAUGCUCUCCACUGCCCAAGUCUCCUCCUAUCAACAAUCUGCCAAGCCCCAGUAAUCACUCAAGUCAUUCGAUGCCUUCCCUCAAUAACUUAACAUCAAAACCUGCUGUUGUGACAGAAACUCCCACUUUCCACUUGCCAGGUGAAGAAAUUGAUGCACCACCAGUGGGUGUUCUCUCUUCGAGUAGCUCUAGUGGGUCAAGCAGUAGUGAGGAGUCCAGUGACUCUAGCUCUAGUGAUAAUGAAGAAGUGCCUGCAGCUCCUGCUCCUCCAAAACCACAACCUCUAGCUGUUUCAAAUGGCUUCCAUCAGUCUCCUAAAAAGAAGGAGAUGCCAAAUCCCUUCUCUUCGAAUAACAAUCUUAGCAUGCCAACAGCUAGUUCCUUACCUAGCAUGCCAAAAUUCAGUCUAUUGAGUGAAGAUUUGCAAUUAAGUGAAUCAGAUAGUGACAGUGACUGAUUGAAUUGUGUGCUUUGGAAUUCAAAUACUUGUACAGACUAUUUUAUAUACUGGCAUUUAUUUGUCAUUUUUUUUCUGACUGUAUAAAAAAAAAGUUAACAUACUGUGAUAUGUUUCAAUAAUACAUUGAAAUGAAAAUUUUCAAUUCCAUAUAUUGAAUAUCACUCUGAAAUAAAUUGUGUAUUGGAUUUUACACAAUUCUUUUCCUUGGUCAAGGAUACAAUCCACUAUUUGUAAUAUGCUGAUAAUUUUUAAUCAUUUACAAUCCUCUGGUAAAACUAAUGUAUUUGUUGUGUUUGACUAAGUUAAUGCAUGUAAAUCUUGUUUGUGUUUUAAAGAUGUGUUUAUUUGA